AUGAGAUCCACUCUUGAAUCUAUGAUCGGAGACCUCGAGGAAUACGCUCGAGAAGGUGAGAAAGUGGUGAAAUGGAUGAAGCUCAACCAGGAAACCGUGUUGGGAACUGCAACCGACAUUGACUCUGGAACUAACCCUUUUUUCCCACCCCCCCGGCCAUCACAACCCAACUGGACAAAGGACAAUCUCGCUAAAUUUUCACAAACAGUCGAAUUGGUUCGUCAAGUGUUACACAGCAUAGGCCGACCUGUAAAAGGAGACUCAAGGGCAACAGCCUACAACACAAUUGAAAUACUGUCAAGUUAUAACACAGUGGAAGCCUUUUCCGACAAAUACGCCCCAAGCCAAGGCAAUGUGGGGACUCUGGACGUUUGGCAACAGUGUUAUGACCAGUUGACUUCAGUGACCAACUUUCUCCAGGACGUGUGCACGUUUGAGGCAGUCGGCCAGGCAACAAUGAAUCAGCCAAACCCUAUCACGUCACAGCGUUUACAAGAAGAGCUCAGCGGGUCCGGAAUUCAUAUCAAACUCACAACCAGCGCUGACCAACGGACGAGAUCGCAAGAUGAGCUGAAAAGUCUUCGAACUCGACUCCUGCAAUUUGUGAAAGCUCAGACCAACAAGGGAAUUGUGAAUACGCCUCUCCUUGAAGAAGCGACCAGACAGUGGGCAAGCAACUUGGUGAGAACCUGCCCCAAGAUCGUCUCGACAGACGCUAAUCGUUGA